UCUGGGAUCGCCCAACGGGGGACAGAACCAGGUCAGAGACCCGGGUCAGAGAGACAGAACCGGGUCAGAGAGACAGAACCGGGUCAGAUCAUGGGAGCAGGCGGAACAGAACCAGGUAAGUUUAAACCAUAGAGACCAUAGAAAUACAAACACUAGAAAGGCUAAUUAAAUGACAUGAUAAUUAUGCUCACCGGAAUAACAUGUUUUAAAAGGGCGGAUUAGUUAAAACAAAAUAUAAAGCGGACACAAAUGGGAAACUGCUUUGCAUCUGGAGAAGGUUAGAACACAGGCGGUUUAUAGGGUUAUGCAUUAGCUUGGCAUUUACUCUAAUUGUUAGACUAUCAUGUAUUGUUUAAUGUCGGAAUUGGCUUGACCUGAUCCCAUACAGUGUUGUUUAGCAGCUGCAACAGCGAUUCAGACAGCCAAGCGUGUGAAAGCGGUGGAUUUGCAGACCGGAUAAACCCCAUUCAGCAGCUCCCCUCCCCUGCGCGGCUGCAGGACACACGGCCUGGGUCCUAGGCACGCGAGCGUCCGUGGUGGCUCCUGGCCGGGGGCGUGACAGGAAGUGGGACUCACGGCGGAGCAGACGGGCCGGAAUGACAUCAUCCUCUCGAUGCGGCUAGCGCCACCAUGUCUCUGUCCGGUGCCCAGGGCAGCGUCGGCGGCCACUCCACCAGCAUCGCUGUGCGCACGUACAAGAUCUGCCUGUUUGAGAGGGAGAACUUCCAGGGCGCUCGUCUGGAGCUGAAAGGGGAGUGCAGGAGCCUCGGUGAGAGGGGACUGGACCGGGUCGGGUCCCUCAGCGUGUCGGCCGGACCGUGGGUGGGGUUCGAGCGGCAGAACAUGGCGGGUGAGGUGUUCGUGCUGGAGAAGGGGGAGUACCCGCACUGGGACUCCUGGCGCAAUGGCUACCGCCGCGAUCAUGGCGACAGCCUGCUGUCCGUCAGGCCCGUACGCAUGGACAGCCUGGAGCCUAAGAUCUGCCUGUUUGAGGAGAUGAACUUUCAGGGGCGUAAGAUGGAGGUCUGUGAUGAGGACAUUCCCAGCCUGUGGUCCCACGGCUUCCAGGACCACGUCAGCAGCGUGCAGGUCACCGGUGGCACGUGGGUGGGGUACCAGUAUCCAGGUUACCGGGGGAGUCAGUACCUGUUGGAAUGCGGCACCUAUAAGCACUGGAACGAGUGGGGCGCGGCGCGCCCCCAAAUUCAGUCCCUGCGUCGCGUCAAAGACCUGCUCACCCAUCUGCGUGAGGGGUUCAAGAUGGCCGCCGUGUAGGGCGGGGCGGGGCGGGGCACUCUACCGGCGCUGUGCCUGCCCUGCUGUCCAAACUCCUGCCUUCUCAUCCGUGCAGUUACUCAGUUACUCAUUAAUAAAUUAGCUUAAGUAAUUAGUUUGAUGAACUUCAUCUGCUUCAGAUUCCACUGCCAUGCCUGCUUGUGAACAGCUACUCUUAGAAUACUGAUGAUGAUGAUUAUGAUGAUGUGUUUUUGCUUCCAAUGUCCUCUGGUCUUAAAUAUGAAAGAUUUAUAGAAUUAUAUUCUACAUAACCUUCCAUCUGUAUAUUCAUGCAACCUGAUGUUUCAGAAGCGUCCGACAUCUGGCUGUCAAAUCAGCUGCUGUAUCCGCCAGGCCUUUGGAGAGCACUGAAAGAUGGCCCUAAAAAUAAUCCCCCCAAUCUUUCUUGUUCAUCAUAAAGUUGGGAAAACCUCCUGCUCGCGCUCGACUCACUCCAGCGUUCGGCUCACCCUUGAAGUUCUCCCAGACGGAGAGUGAGGAGAUGUUUUCGGACAGGGAAUAACGGUGCUUUCUCCCCCCCCUGCUGUUACUGAGAAGGACAACGGGCAGCUUUGGUUUUUGGACAUGCCCUGUUCGUCUCUGUGAUCGAACGAUCUGAAAGAGCCGCUUUGUGCAGUAGAUUUCUCACGGAUAUUACCAUCUGGAAGACAGGACAGGAAGCGUAUCAUGCAUUCAAAAGCAUUUAAUUCUUUCAUAUUCACCACUUGAAAUGAAGAUGAAAAUGCUCUUUGAAAUCUUUGAAACUGCCGUGGUGAGGAACUUGUUGAAACGCGCUCGCAUGAUGUUGCUGUCGUCUAAUUUUUUCUGCAUUCUUUAGGCUGGAUUGUCAGAGUGUGUGUGUGUGUGUGUGUGUGUGCGCGUGCACGCGCGUGUGUGCGACCUGGGUCAAAUAUAGAAUGCUUUUAACCCCUUAAGCAAUAAUAUUAAAAGUCUUUCAAAUAUGUAUCUGACCCAGAUCCUUUAAUAUAAAUGCUUUGGCUAUUACUUUGCCAAUUAAUCAGUCAGAAAGAACUGCGGUGGGUUUGGAGUGCUAGGCUACAGGUUCUAAAAUAAGUCUGGAUGAAUUCACAGUCAACGAAAGCCAGCAGUGACGACAGGAAGAAGGGAAAACGCGGUUUUUGCAGCUGGGAUAACCGGUGUUACCGUGAGCUCUCCACUUCAUGGCCGUUCACAUCCGUAUUUUCCUGGAAGAAUGAGCGGCAUCUUCAGUGCCCCACAGCGCCUCCUAUCGGUGGCAUGUUCAGUCAGAACUGUGACGUGUAGAUUCCCGUCAUGACAUGCUUGCCUCGCGGGUGUAUACCUGGACAGUAGGCUAAUCAUCACUGCCGAACGAGUGAGUCACAGCAUAAGCCCACGUAAACACCAUUUUUACAGCACUUAGUACCGUGUAACAUGCAGCAGUACAUUAUCCGAGAAAAGGCAAACACACCAGCAUAUUCUGUAUUCUGCGCGUAUUUGUUUCUUAAUAUUA